CCCGAGUUUCCGUCUGGUUGAGGCCGAUCGCCACUGCACCCUCGACUCUGAUCAACUUCACAGGAUAUAUCCUCAACCCGUCGUUUGCAUCACACAUGGCCCGCUGUGAAUAACAACUGUCUCGCUUAGAGCAUUUCCUCUGUAUACGUCCUCAUCUCUCAAGUACAUCUCCAGUCGGCCCAGCUCCCGCCGUGGGCUGGCGUCAUCCACCAUGUUCUGUCUCCGCAGCUGGCUCCCUCUGCUAUUCAUACCCACGAACGCCUCCCCGCUAUUCAUCAUCUCCUUCAUCGCCCUCACCUACAUCAUCCACCGACCAUGCAUCUAUUGCUCCGCACUCCUCCUCAUCCUCUUUGUAUCAUCCUGCCACUGGUCUGAUCGAUGCAUCUUCGAUCUCCGCAGUAACUGGUUCGCCCCGCGCUACAGUUCCGCGCCCGCCGAUAGCUUCGUUUCAGGGAACGCCACCAUGGAGGCGCCUUUGCCCGGUGACAGCCUUGCUAGCUUCGUCUUUGACACCUUCAACUCAACUGCCAAGGCACUGGCUGGAGCAGCCCUGGAAAGCGCACAGCAAAAGCUUGGUGUGGAAUCAAGACCAGAGGAGUGGACUGGCGUGGGUCUGGAAUGGCUGCGCAGUUUGCUAGGCCGGCGGGAGUGGACGCUUCCUUGUGUGGAUGUGAAGGUGCGGUUAUAAAUUGAUGAGUUGAGAGAUAUGAAUCAGAGCUGGGCUCUGAAUCUGCUCGUCAUGCAACAUUCUCACUUGAGGGCCAUCUGCGAAGAAAGCUCAUGCCCCCUUGGUGAGAGGUCGUGAAUUGGAUUCUCUACACACAUACGGAACUGGAUAUUGCGCUUCUUUAACUGACCCUAGUUUCUCGGUUUUGGAUUUGUAUCGAACUUUGAUCAUGUGAAAUUGGCCCCGUCCUUGGUUGGAACACGCAUUGCAUUGCAUAUAAGACAUUGGAGGAACCAUUACGACUAGACGGCAGAACAAGCAAAUUUUCAUUCAAAACCAUGCGCGAACAAUAAUCCAAUCCCGAAUCUUGAUAUUUAAUCCCAUAAUUAGCAGCAGCAAAGCCCUCAUGAAAUUUUCACUCAAACCAUCAUAGUUGGAGUUGCAGUCCCA